AUGCUAUCAGCUCUACCUCUCUCAUACUUCUACUUAUCUUAGAAUUUGUUUGUAUUAUAUAUCCAUAUAUUUAAUUAUUAAAAAAAUAAUCAAAAUUUGGUUCUGAAACUUUAUUAGGAAUCUUGAAAAAAAAACAUAAAUUUUUAAAAGUUUAAUUAUUUAAUACUAAAAUAAUUCAUAAACUAAACUAAUUAAAUUCUAUUACAAUGAAUAAAAUAAGCAAAAAUAAAACCGAUAGAUAUUGGGGUAGAUAUAAUUGUAGAAAUUUUAUAAUAUCAGACAAUUUAGUUACAUUAAUUACAUUAAUAUUAGCAAGUCAAUUAUUAGCUAUUGAAGCAUCUAAGAAAGUAGCACAGAGAGAUCUUCUUCCAGAAAGAAACUUAAUUGAAAAAGUUCCCAUAACACCUGCACAAGAAAUUAAUCUAGAACCUCAAACUCCCAGCAAUUCUAGCUCUAAAUUAGACGAUGUCAAACCUCAAGAUUUUCCUAUUAAUUCUCAAAUUGCAAUUGAACAUAAUCUUCAUGUGAAAAUUACUGAAUUAUUGCGACAAGAAAUAUUAGAUCAAUUUAAAGUAAUCAAUCAUGAUUUGCAGGAACUUUCUGAAGAACUUCAUCCAACUAAAAGUAAUAAGAAGCCCCUAAAGGAGAAAUCUCGAAAAAAUUCUUUGAUAUUAAAAUUAUCUAAAUCUCUUCCAAUAGAUGAAACUGAAAUGUGUGAAGUUGAACAUUCUGUUCUAAAUAAUUUUCAAAGUGAGCUCCAAGCUUCAUUGAAUGGUACAAAUCAAGCUAAUAGUAAUACAAACUGUCCUCUAAAUGAUAACACAGAUACAUGUGAGGAAUUAAUAAAAUUGAUUCUCUGUGGUUACAAUCAUCUUAAAAAUGCAUUUGAUUUGGCCACAAGGAGUAGUGCUGCCGUAAAUGAAUGUAACAUGUGGAAGAAUAAGUUGGAAGAGUACAAAGAAAAGUCUACGAGAGUUCUAGAUGACAAAAUAACAUCUCUUUCCCAAAAAUACAAUUUGCAAAUAGAUAAUUUGAAAACUGAUUUGCAAAAUUUGCAGAACAAAGCUAAUUUGUACAUAAAAAUAAUUAAGGAAGAUGGACUUGAAGUUUGUUCCUUCAGAAUUAUUAGUGGAAAUAUCCAAGAUGCUGUAGACAAGUUUAAGCAAUUGAAAGAUGAAUUUGGGAGUUUAGAAGAUUUCAUGAUACGUUCUAUUCUAAAGACUAUAUAUAGUUUUGAGAGAUUAGAAAAUAUAAUGAAUUUUCUAAGAAAGCUUCCUGAUUGCUCUCAAGAUAGGAUAUCUUAUCCAAUUCUAUACGACUUAAUGCAAGCCAAUAAUCACUUAAAUAGCCCAGAAAUGUUGGUUCUCUCUGGAACUCUUUCACAAUGCAUGAAUUCUUCAGAAUUACUUACUAAAGUGGAUGCAAAUGUUUUAAAAAUCCUCGAUUCAUGGGCAAACAAAAUCCAGAAAACUAAUGAUCACAAACAAAUAAUUGCGUUUGCAAAGAAAUAUUAUUCUCCAUUUAAAACCAAACUUGAUGAACUCAUACUAAAAGCAUAUGAUAAAAAUUUGAGUAAUGUUGAAAAGAUAUUGGAAUUUAUUCGUAGUCUUCCUUAUAUCAAUCAUGGUAUUGUAGGUCUUGAUGCUCUUUUCAAUGGAAUGAGUAGUAAUAAACAUUUCGAUAGUUAUGAGUUAGUAAUGUUGGCUUACAGGAUUAAAGAAUUCAUGGAUAUGCCCAAUGACCCCAAAGGCCCCCAACAAAAUGAACAUGAUAAUAUUAUUAGAAAACUAAAAAACAACCUACCUAAUUCUGUGCAGCGCCUAAUUUGGCAUGGAGAUGAAUGUUCUGUAAAGAAUAGAGCACAUAAUGAAUAUUUGUUUGGUAGUCGUAUUCAACUUGAUUCGAGCAGAGGUAAAAUAUUCACCUGGAAAGAGGGUGUUAAGACAAUAGAAAGUUUUUGGGAAUUUGAAACUGAAGAUAAUGCGAAAUCAUUCUCAAUGAAAAAUACUCAUUGGGAUAAAUAUAUGUACGCAGCUAAUUUUAGCAAAAAUUAUGCUAGACGUUGGGUAUUGUAUUGGAAGGAAGGUGGUAAAGUUAAUCAAGGAUUUUGGAAAUUGAAGCCUGUAAAUAAUGCUAAAUACUUUACAAUUAAAAAUACAAAACAUGAUGAAUAUUUAUAUGCUGAUGGUAAUAAGAGACAAUCUCAUGAUUCAAAGAGAAGAGGAGUAUAUACGUGGAGGAAUGGUGAUCUAAAAGGUGUAAUGGUACAAGAAGGUCAAUGGGAGAUUAAUUGUUAAUUUUGGCAUUCUAAUAAUUGACAGAAAAAAAAGAUUUUGGCCAUUUUAAGUUGAAAAAAGUUUUUAAAAAAAACUUAAGAAAACGAUAAAUAAAAAUUAAACUAAUGAAUAAAAAAAAA